GUUUUGUUUCCGCUCGACUCGACAACUUUUUUUCUUGUUCUUUCUCUUUUAGCCCCUCCAUCGGCCGACCUCUUCUCCUCUUCCUCAACUGCCACCCUCUCACCAUCCUCUCUAUCUCUCUUGCUCUUCGCAGCCUUGUGCGUGUCCCAGACACAUCCUGCUCGUGUGACCUUCCACACAGGAAUCAGAGGCCAUGAUAUCUUGAGUCUCCGGUGUGCCAUGUGCUCCGCCCCAACCCGUAAGGUCCCCUUUCUCCAGCCUUCUGAGGCUCCACACCCCGCUACCUGCACCGGCUGACCUCCAUUAUCGAUAGCCGGCUCACACCCGUUCAGAUAGCAGAUCUCCACCAAAAAUCCCUGGACCCUGGCCACCCCUCCAUCCUGACCCCCCUCUAAGAGAACCGAAAGCCUUCAAGACCAUAACCUCUCCCCGAUUACUCGCGCUUCAUGUCUCAUCCGUCUUCCUAGAGACUUGGCCUGUCUUUUCGUCUGUUUCUCUGUGUGCCUGCGAUUCUCUCUUGCGACGCCGAAUAUGAAAUAGGACCAUCCGCCGACCGUCCCGAGCUUUUCUCAACUCACCGGGUCUAAGACGUGGACCACCGAGCUCAGCUUCACUGCCCCGCGCUACCUAACCUCGCCAACAAAGACAAUACGGGGAGAAAUUGCGCAACUCUGAGCAAACGGACUCAGUCGCAGUUUGACUGUGGCAAGAAUUUACAGAAUUAUUCGACGCCUUCUGCUCCUUGUCUAUAGGCGUUUUGUCCUAACCAGCUAUCCCACUUGGUCAAGUCUUCACUAUGGCUGACAUCGAACUCCCCGCCGGUCCGGCUCCUAUGGAAGUCGUUGAUGAGCAAGGCCCAGGCCUUUCAAACCCAUCAGGAAAAGCCAAAGGCCGACACCGCGUGCUCUGUGGUGUGCAACGAAUGUCGUCCUCGCCUUCGUUGGCGAGGAGUGGCCGCACUAGAUCACACAGCAAUCCUCAACGUCCGAGGGGCAAUGUUUCCUGCGUGAGCUUGGCAGGACCCUCAACCGCGGGGACCUCUUUCACUGGCGACUCUUACUUCCCCGCAGGCGCAACAGCAUCAGGCUAUGCCAGUGCCUCAUCUUCCGUUCCAGGAACACCAUCUAGCGAAAUCAUUCAGUUCGUAGGCAUUGAUGGCCGACUUGCUAUUCGCCGGGUCGACAAUGUCUUCCCUACUACGCAAUCCCCGGGUGCCCAAACCAUUGGACUCCCAUCCGAUUUAAGGACGACGAAUAAAGCCCAGGUCGCCAACCCCGCGGUCCCCAAGCGUGGCUUCAACUUCUGGGAGAACAUGCCCCACGAGAUGCGCGUGCACAUCUUCUCCUACCUAUCACCCAAACAGCUGGUACGAGCUUCACGAGUUAGCAAGACUUUCCACAAGAUCUGCUUCGAUGGGCAACUUUGGACGUCUUUUGACGCCACGGAAUUUUACCAGAUCAUCCCCGCCGAAUCUCUUGCAAGAAUCAUCGUAGCCGCUGGGCCCUUCAUCAAGGACCUCAACCUCAGGGGCUGCGUUCAGGUCGAACACUACAAGAGGGCCGAGGUCGUCGUCAAGGCCUGCAAGAACUUGGUGAACGCGACGCUCGAGGGAUGCCGCAACUUCCAGCGCAACACGUUACACAGCCUGUUGAGAACGAACGAUAAGCUCGCUCAGCUCAAUUUGACUGGUUUGACAGCGGUUACCAACAUGUCGUGCAAAAUCAUUGCCGAGUCAUGUCCGCAGCUGGAGAUGUUCAACGUGUCAUGGUGCGUACAUAUGGACGCGAGAGGUAUCAAGGCAGUGAUCGAAGGGUGUCCGAGGUUGAAGGAUUUGAGAGCGGGAGAGGUCAGAGGAUUCGACAAUCUCGAGGUCGCCGAAACGAUAUACAAGACGAACAGGCUGGAAAGACUGGUUCUGAACGGUUGUGCCGAGCUCAACGACCGCGCGCUCAAGGUCAUGGUUCACGGCGAAGACCCCGAAAUCGAUAUCCUCACGGACCGACCGAUCGUUCCCCCGAGGAAAUGGCGUCACCUCGACCUCAGCCGCUGCGCCCGUCUGACCUCACAGGGCGUCAAGGCUCUGGGAUACAAUGUCCCGGAUCUCCAGGGCCUGCGCCUGUCCGGCUGCACCGCCCUCACGGACGCCGCGCUGGAGCCAAUAUUCGCAUCGACUCCGCGCCUCACGCACAUCGAGCUCGAAGACCUCUCCGACCUCACCAACGCCCUCUUGUCAGAACACCUGGCCAAGGCACCCUGCGCGCCGUGGCUGGAGCACCUCUCCAUCAGCUACUGCGAGAACCUCGGCGACAGCGGCGUCCUCCCCAUCGUCAAGAACUGCGUCAGCCUCCGGGCCAUCGACCUCGACAACACCCGCAUCAGCGACCUUGUCCUCGCCGAGGCGGCCUUUAUGGUCAGCAACCGCUCCCAGAGCAACGCCGUCAAGCCGAAACCCAAGGUCGGCCUGCACAUGGUCGUCUACGACUGCCAAAACGUCACCUGGACCGGCAUCCGCGAGGUCCUCUUCCGCAAUGCGCAGUCCAAGCCGUCCAUGGCCGAGAUUGGCAAAUUCGCCUACGCGUCCGAGGCCAUUGGCCUCAAGUGCUUCUACAAGUUCCAGAUGACCGUCGACGAGCACAUGAAGCGCGUGCUGCGCGGGGACCUCGCCGCCGCCAACCGCCUCGAGCACCGGUGGGCCGAUUACAUGCAGGCGAGCGAGGAAGCCGGGACCACGGGCGCCGGUCACCGCCGGCGCAGACGGAGGGCGAGAGAGGCGCAAAUGUUGCAUGCCGACGAGGAAGAGGGCGGCAACGGCGGUCGGAGGCGGGGUCGAACCGUCGGGGCGUGCACGAUUAUGUAGUGGGAGACAAUUCUUCAGCUCGUGAUCGUGUAAGUGAGACUUCAGGGUCUCACUUGGGGAAGAAGUCUUUCUUCCCAGCCACAUUCUUUACGACGAUUUCUUCGUCACAUGGGUCACAUACUUUGCUUGGCGUUCUGGAGCCAUCACACACACAUACACACACACAAGAGACAGCAAACACUCUCAACUCCCAUUACUAGAUCUGGGAUGCAGCAUCAUCUUCAAGCCCGUGGAACGGAAUUGAAACCCGGCGUCUCGCAUCAGCAAAGGCGCUUUUAUGCAGCACGUUCUGUCCUUUUUUUUCCCCCCCCCCCAUUUUACAGCUGGAGUAUUAGAUGGGAAUCUGGGUUCGGAGGAGACAUUGGCCUAUUUCAAGGGGUAUUUGGAUGUGGAAUCGAGGAAUUUACCUCUUGUACUUACGUGAAGGAGAAGCACUCUCUCUUAAAUCCACUUCAAGGUUGGAUAAAUAGGCUACUUCAAUUGCACACAUCAUCACA